AUGCGGUUUGGAAAAGUCAAAAUUGGAGAGGAUGAUGAUAAUAACAAAAAGAAGAGGAAUAGGAAAGUAUCGAAAGUGAAAGAGUUGGAAAGAGUCAAGAGGGAGAAUCGGAAGGUGGCGGUGAGGGAAUUAUGGAAGGCAACAGCAAAGAGGGCAAUGGGAGUGAAAGUAUAUGAUAACCCUUCAAAGUUGAAGCAGAGUAUGAAGAAGGAGAAGCGGAGGAAUGAGAAGAGUAGGGAGAAGUGUAAAGAAAGAGUUGACAACAGAGAGAAGUUGAAGGAAGAGCGACAACCGAAGAGAAGGAAUAAUAUUGCUGCCAAAGUUAAGGUGAAGAAGAUGAGAAAGAUUGCCAAAAGGGAUAAGAAGCUCAUAAGGCCCGGAUAA